CAUUGUAACUUGACUGUUGAAUUUUGAUAAGAUUACGUUUUCAUUCUGUCGAUCCGUGAACAACAUUUGACGUAGAUAUAACAACAAUGACGAUAAAAUCACCCCAGUCUUUGCUGAUGUGUUAAUACAAUGCACUCUUAACGCAACGUUAACAGCAGACAACUUACCAAAUAAAAGCGACAAAUUGCAAACCUUACCACACAUCUAAUCAAUGGAGAAACAUUGGAUAGUUUCGGUCGUAUAUUUUGCUUUCUUAGUGCAUAUUGCUAUCCAGAUGCCGCCAGUUCCCUGUGAUUACAGCAUUUGUCAGCAAAACAACACGUGUACACUUGACAAUAACAGAUGUUCGUGUAAAAAGGGAUUCCAAGGACCAGCAUGUACUGAUGACAUCGACGAAUGCCUUUCUGGCCACAGCGACCCAUGUGGACACAGAGGGGAAUGCAACAACACUGCAGGAGGUUUUGAAUGUCAUUGUUUGGUCGGAUGGACAGGAGAACGCUGUGCAACAAAUCAAACCUCAGACAACAUCACCUGCAUGCCAGGUUACUAUGGUGUCAAUUGUAUGAACACAACGUGUGACCAUGGAUACCCGGACCCGAAUACGACAACAGUGACAACAGUGCCUACCUCUAUACCAAGUAGUACAGUUUGUAAAUGCGAUGAUGGUUGGAAUAAAACAAGGUCGGAUUCACCAUGUGAUGUGGACGUAAAUGAAUGCACGCGCACGCCCUCGCCCUGCUUGCACGAAGGUACCUGCAAUAAUACAAUCGGUAGUUACCACUGCGAAUGCACCGGAGUUUGGAAAGGGUUUGAUUGUUCGGAUUACGUUACAACUACUAGUGAAGCUAUAACUGCAGAACAAACUACGGUAGAGUUCACAGAGCUGACUACGACGGAGGAUAUAAAACGUAAAAGUGACAAUCAUUCGCUCACGAAAACGUCAAAUAACAGUACUGACAACGCAACAACAGAUACAAUUUUAUCGCUUACUGAUUCAACGUCAACAGAGGCGCGACGCAGUCCGUUCUUAUUAAAUAGGACCACAUAUGAUAGGGCCACAAGACCAUCUUUGACAACAAUACCGUCUAAUGGAAAGAAUGAACAAAAAGCGAAGCUUAAAGUCUGGAUGAUUGCCUUGAUAUCAGUUGGCGGAAUUCUUGCAUGCGUUCUGCUGGUGGCGCUCUUCGUUCUGAAAUACAGUUAUAGCGAUUCUGUUGCCAACAAAAUGUGUUCGAACCGCAAACGCAUUUCAAACAAAGUGGGUGUGUCCCUUGCAACGAUGAAGGGUAGCUGCGACCUUAUUGACAAUAAACGACAAGAGGUUUGCUGAGUGGAGUACCUGUUCCAACGAAGUAGCGAGAACGAGGGCUAUUAACCUUAAACUGUGAAAUUCUUAAAUUGUGGUGUAUAGCCAGCCAUACACCGAUUGGAAAAUAUGUGCUAUAUGUUUAUCUCAUUUUAUGUAAAAUAUUGUUCAACAUAUUAAUAUUCAAUUAAGUUAACUGUCUUAAAAAUUAUAUGUGUGUACAUAUAUAAUAUCUAAAGUGUGUUCGUCAUGUCAGUUAAAAUCCUGUCAUUGCCCGUAUUUCUAAAUUACUAUUCGCAACGUGUAUUAUUGAUAGGUACAUCCUUUGUAUCUACUUUGUUCUUGUUAUCUUAAUAAUUUGUUUGCACGUUAAAUACCCACAUCUGCAUAUAACAGAUGAAAGUUUAAGACACCAUAUAAUUAUUCGUUGAACUUGACUACAGCAGUGAGUUGUUCUUUUAUUUCGUAAUAAAUUGAACAUUAUUUUGUUA